CAGAAGCGGAUAGAGAAGCAACCAUUGUACAACCGAUAGAAAACGCAGCGGAAGCAGCUUAAAAUUUCAAGUAGUAAAGAUUAGUGCAGUAGAAAUUUGCAAAAUUUCUCCAAAAGUUGAAUUAAAUAGUGAUAAAUCGGUGGAAAACUCGAAAAUAAGUGCGACAACAAAUAAAAAGAUGCAAAGCCUUGCAUAGUGCGACAGUGUAUGAAAUUGUGUGGAAUAUACCAUAGUUGUGUAGUGAUUAUCAAAUUGAAAAAUACCUACUAUAAAAAAGGUCAAAGAAGAAGCAGAAAAGCAAAAUACAAAGCGGUAAAAUGGGCUUGAACGGCUGCUGUUCGUGUGUAAAAUACUUGAUGGUGCUCAUAAACAUCUUAUUUUGGAUUAUUGGUUUGGUCAUUGUGGUCGCCUCGGUAUGGAUGCUCACCGAUCCCACAUUCGUGCUGUCGAUGACGCAAUCGUAUAAUCACUACUACAUAGCGCUCUAUGUCUUCCUUGGCAUUGGUGUGCUGAUCACGCUGGGCGCUUUCUUUGGCUGUUGUGGCGUUGUGAAAGAGUCGCAAUGUCUGCUUGUAUCGUUCUUCUGCGUAAUUUUGGUUGUGAUGGUGGCCCAGAUUGCCGCCGGCGCAUGGGCAUUCCACAAUAAAGACAAACUCGAUGACAUUGUACGCGCUUCGGUGAAGUAUUCCGUGCAGGAGGAGUAUGGGCAAUUGAGCAUGAGUUCGCGCACCGUCACAUUUGAUACCAUACAGAAGAAUUUGCAAUGUUGCGGCGCUGAUGGACCGGCCGAUUGGGCAACGAGCCGUUUCAAUAAUGUCGAUCGCACAAAUAUCGUUGAUAUUGCCAUUUCAUCGAUGAAUGUAUUCUACAAUAUACCCGAGUCGUGUUGCAAAGAUGAGCUGAAGGAAAACGUGUGCGAGAUGUCGAGAAAAUUGAAAUUUGGUGGUUCACUUAAUCAGGCAAUAUAUCAACAGGGUUGCGUUGACAAAUUAAUUGAGCUCAUCUACGAGAAUUGGGUACUGCUAUUCGGCAUCACCGCGGGUGUGAUUCUAUUGGAACUGUUGGCGCUGACCUUCUCAUUGAGCCUUUGCUGUGCGGUACGCAAUCAACACUACAAAGCCUGAGAAUUACUGAAUUCCCAACGGGAAAUAAAUGACGACGAAAAGUACUAACAAACCAAACCGAAGAGAAUGAGGGCAAAAGCAUAUUAAAUCGAAAAAAAUGUGAACAAACAAAACUUGUAGGAAGCAAACUCAGCUAUGGUGAAGUUGAGGAAAAAUAGAGAAAAUUAUUUAAAAGUAAGUGCAGUGUUAAAUAAUUUAACAAUUUUGAAAGUAUUGUGCUAAGCUACUGAAGCGAAGUAGUAGAGCGCAAAGAAAUUGUGAAAUGUAAGUAGGAAGUAAAUUCGAAAAGUGGCAUGCAAGUAGUGCAAAAAGGUAAGAAAAAUGAUUUAAGCGCUUAAAGGAAAAUAGUAAUAUUAUGAAAAAUAACAGGACUUUGCAGACAGAAAACGUUAAAAAACAAACAAACAUAGCAUAAAGAUAUCUAGAAACAUUCUAGUAAAAUUUUUCACAAAAACUUUUUGUAUUUUCCAAACCGUUUUAAAGCAGCAAAUAAAUAAAUAAAACACUCUUUAUAAAGGAAACUGAACUUUCAUCUUCAUACAACAAUAAUCAAAAUGCAUAGAUACCAAAGCGAAUUUAUAUAAGGCGGUACUAGAGCGACAACCGCAUUUACGUGUAUUUUGUUUUUGCAAUUUAGUGUUUCGAAUGUUUCAAAUUUCCAUGAGCAUGUAAACAAA